GAGGAGCCCAUGCCCACCACGGCUGCCUGGCCCGCGGAUCCCACGCCGAGGGGGCUUUGACUCUGCGGAAGACAAGUGCACGAAAUGGGCUCGGGGACCCUCUGGGGUGUGCGUGGCGCGGGGAGGAGGGCGCAUAGAGGAGCUGGCGGGUGAUGGGAAGUGCAGCUGCCAGCAUAACCAUGUCUGGUAAAUAGCGCCGGUUGGUAGGACCAGAAUCACUUGGGACGGCCGAGUUGCAUUCGCCUCUCUGGCACUGAGUCUGAAGGGUUUUGCGGCAGAGAAAAGCUAGCUUUUCCUCUUCCCGGGGGCCGUAGGCUGCCACGGAACCCCCAUGCUUAGGAGGAGAGGAAGCAGAGAUCUGGGGCAGCCGGCGCAGGGCAACCCACCCCACACCCCAGAGUUCAGGCUCCAGGGUUUCCGGGUGGAGAUGGAGCUUGAUCCUGGGGGCAAAAGAGGGGGGCUGCGCUCGGGCCCGCAGCUGGAGUCGACCGGGUAGGAGGGAGUUAAGGGGGCGCAAGCCACCGCUGCCAGUGGAGGGUCCAGUCUGGCGGCGCAGAACGGAGCGGAGAGCGCGCCCGGCGGAAUCCCGCCCCGAGCUGCGGGCGAUGAAGAGAGGGCCCAGACCCCUCCCCGCCCUGGGGCCAGCCGGAUUGGGCCGGCAAGGGGCCAGCCCGGAAGCCGGCUUCCUCCAGGCUCCCCCUCUCGAUGCUGCCAACCCGCCUUGCAGCCAAGCAGGCUGAGCGUUUGUUCUGCGCUCCCUGCCGCGGAGAUGUGAGGGAUUUUGUCUUGAGGAGAAAUUGGUGGUCGAGCGCCUGCCCAGCUCAAAUGCCACCCCGAUCAGAGGGAGGCCUGCUGCCCAGGAAUUCUCAGGGGAGCAGGCUCCAGACCCAAGCUGGGCUGUGGGAGUUCUGCGUGCCCCUGACCAGACACCCUGCUGCUCCUCCAGCCCAGCCCGGCUCUGGAGCUCACCUCCAGGACCUGGAGCCUGCCCUCCUGCCCAGGAUGACUCACCAUUAUUUCUAGCUCUGGUGAAAAGACGUGAUGAGGAGUUGGGCUGCCGGAGUGUGUAUCUAGGAUUCCCACGGCAUCUGCUCCGCUCUGCAAGAAAGACAGCUUCGGAGUCCUGCCUUGCCAGCCAAGCGAGGCUGUCUGUACGGCUCUCAGAGAGCCCUCAGGGCUCUCCAGCAGAAGCCCAGGCCAAUGCUACUGUGUUUCCUGGGGCCGUUAGCAGCACCCUGAGCUCCUUGCCACCAGGCAGCUGGAAGGUGUAGCGUGAGGCGCUUCUCUCAGCCCCAAUUAUGACAGUGGCCACUGGAGACCCGACGGACGAGGCUGCUGCCCUCCCUGGGCACCCACAGGACACCUAUGACCCAGAGGCAGACCACGAGUGCUGUGAGAGGGUGGUGAUCAACAUCUCAGGGCUGCGGUUUGAGACGCAGCUCAAGACCUUAGCCCAGUUUCCAGAGACCCUCUUAGGGGACCCAAAGAAGCGGAUGAGGUACUUUGACCCCCUCCGAAAUGAGUACUUUUUUGAUCGGAACCGCCCCAGCUUUGAUGCCAUUUUAUACUACUACCAGUCUGGGGGCCGGUUGAGGCGACCUGUGAAUGUGCCCUUAGACAUAUUCUCUGAAGAAAUUCGGUUUUAUGAGCUGGGAGAAGAAGCAAUGGAGAUGUUUCGGGAAGAUGAAGGCUACAUCAAGGAGGAAGAGCGUCCUCUGCCUGAAAAUGAGUUUCAGAGACAGGUGUGGCUUCUCUUUGAAUAUCCAGAGAGCUCAGGGCCUGCCAGGAUUAUAGCUAUUGUAUCUGUCAUGGUGAUCCUGAUCUCCAUCGUCAGCUUUUGUCUUGAGACCUUACCCAUAUUCCGAGAUGAAAAUGAAGACAUGCAUGGCAGUGGCAUGACCUUCCACACCUAUUCCAACAGCACCAUUGGGUACCAGCAGUCCACUUCCUUCACCGACCCUUUCUUCAUUGUAGAGACCCUCUGCAUCAUCUGGUUCUCCUUUGAGUUCUUGGUGAGGUUCUUUGCCUGUCCUAGCAAAGCUGGCUUCUUCACCAACAUCAUGAACAUCAUUGACAUUGUGGCCAUCAUCCCCUACUUCAUCACCCUGGGGACGGAGCUGGCUGAGAAGCCAGAGGAUGCCCAGCAGGGCCAGCAGGCCAUGUCGUUGGCUAUCCUCCGGGUCAUCCGCUUGGUAAGAGUCUUUAGGAUUUUCAAGUUGUCCAGACACUCCAAAGGUCUCCAGAUUCUAGGUCAGACCCUCAAAGCCAGCAUGAGAGAGUUGGGCCUCCUGAUAUUCUUCCUCUUCAUCGGGGUCAUCCUUUUCUCUAGUGCUGUCUAUUUCGCAGAGGCCGAUGAGCGAGAGUCCCAGUUCCCCAGCAUCCCGGAUGCCUUCUGGUGGGCAGUCGUCUCCAUGACAACUGUAGGCUAUGGAGACAUGGUUCCAACGACCAUUGGGGGAAAGAUCGUGGGUUCCCUGUGUGCAAUUGCGGGUGUGUUAACCAUUGCCUUACCGGUCCCCGUCAUAGUGUCCAAUUUCAACUACUUCUACCACCGGGAGACAGAGGGAGAGGAGCAGGCCCAGUACCUGCAAGUGACGAGUUGUCCAAAGAUCCCAUCCUCCCCUGACCUAAAGAAAAGUAGAAGUGCCUCCACCAUUAGUAAGUCUGAUUACAUGGAGAUCCAGGAGGGGGUAAACAACAGUAACGAGGACUUUAGAGAGGAAAACUUGAAAACAGCCAACUGCACCUUGGCUAACACAAACUAUGUGAAUAUUACCAAAAUGUUAACUGAUGUCUGAUUGAAACCUGUUAGCAUACUUGCAACUCAAUGGAACUAAUGCAGAUAUUGCAUAAUAGCCUGCGUUGUAGUCAGCGUGCUCUGCAGUGUGUAUCUGGUUCUGCAUGGAAAGCAAUAGUCGUGCAAGUGACUUGAUUUUUGAUUUAGGACACAGAGUAUCUAUCCCUGGCUUUCAUGGAAAUCUUUAUCACCGACUUAAUGGGUUUCCAAAGAUUGGAGUCACCUAUGGAGUUAGGCUUCAGAAAGCCACAUUCAGGCUGCCUCAUGUCAAAGACACAACCCAGCAUAUCAGUGCCACCUUUCUUUCCUAAUUAAGUGCACACAGCACCUGGGAGAUGCACCCCACCUCCCCCGAGCACCCCAUUUUGAGCCCAGCCCCUCUUCACAGAGAAUAGCGAUUAUGGUUUUUCUUUAAAGCUCUAGCAAUUGUUCAAAAGGUCAUUCCCAUUUUUUUGCUUUGAAAAGGACACACAGUCCUGUGUAUUAGAAUUACUUUUUAUGUCACAGGCUGGGAUUUGUGAAUUGCAGUUGCCAAGUAGAUGCUCUGGAGGCUGUGUUUCGUAACGGAAAAUGCUGCGUUCAGCUUUUUCCCUGCAGUGUCGAUGUGAGGGAAGCCCAGGGGAGGGACAGUUCUUAUGACCAAAUGUGAGUUGUCAAGCUUCACGUUUUCUCCCUUAGACCUCGUCAGGGAGAAGCUAACAAACCAAGGCACCGCUCGGCUUCAGACUUCACCAUUCUUGCCAGGCUUUGGGGUCAUGGCAACAUGUCUGAUUUCUUCAUUACACUAGAGUUUGCAGACAUCUGCUUUCCUAGUGCUGUGGCCCCAGCCGCACGACACUGCAGUGGAAUUUACCAGUGAUGCGAUAAAGCUGCAUGGGUGUUUGUUGCAUGAAUCCCAAUAUUUAAAAUGCAGGAGAUAACCUAUUUUCUCAGUAGCCUACACAGUAUUCAUAUUUAGAGUGUUAAUAGCCUUGUAAUGGCAAUGAACUAAGAUUUUUCUUCCCCUCAUUGGAGGGUGGAAACUCUCAAUCAGGGAAAAAAUAUAGACUGACUAUUUGGGAUGGGGAACCGAAACAUCUGGCCCUCAGGCCUACCCCAUCCCUGUUCUUCCAAAUGGGAACACAGACCUCUGCAAAGCUAGAAGAGGGAAAACGAGAAAGCAGCAUCUAAACACCUCACGUGAUUGCACCUUAAGAAUUAACCUAGUCGUGAGCAUGACUGUACAGCUGACCAGGACAUUGGUCCUGAGGACAGGCGGAUCUGUGG